AAGUAUUCCUGUUAGUGAGUUGUGCGUGUCACACACACAAUCUUUUAUUUAUCAAGCUCUACUGUACUUCCUCAAGUUGUCAAUGUGUAGGCUGUACCAUUGUCUGGACCACCUGAGGUACCUUAUUCACAGUCUCUAAGCUUGCUUUCUCAUUGGCUAUGUCCCGAUUCUCCACUUUUUUCCAGAAGUGUACACUUGCACACUCCCUGUCACAGAUUAUAACGCAUAGGAAUGGUGUAAGCAUUGGCUGGAAGGAGUUUACCCCAUUGUGAAGUCCAUGCGAGAAAGUGUGUGCACACUUUGGAAGAACGGUAAAGAAUUGGGUCUCAGCUAUACUGUGUAGAUCACAUUAUGCUCCCAGUGAGGGGCACUGGUGAGAGCUUUGUGCAUAGAACAAAUCAGCAGUCAUGAUCAUUUUAAGUGAGUCAUUUACUGAGAUACUGUAAAUGGAUGAAAGGGUUUUGAUUUGUACCUAAUUUGUUCAAAGUUCAUGUAGCAUAGAAACAUGAUAGACACAGAGAGGCUUAAAGGUCUGCUUCAUUGGAGAUGGUUUACUUACCUUUCCUGAUAGUGUGCGGUCUUAUCUUAACUUCUAAGGCAGGGGUAGGCAACUAGAUUCAGCCGCAGACCGAUUUUUGUCAGAGAUGAUGGACUGGGGCCUGCAAAAUAAUUCAUACACUGUAAAUUGACCAAGUAAACCCAAAAUAUAUAUUUUAAAAUAAAGACACAAUCACAUACUGUAUGUCUAUCAUUUUAUUUGUGGGAAUACUUGGGAACAAAUUUCCAUUAUUUUUAGAGGAAUUCCUGCAGAUUAUACUCCUUUUUUACAAAAAACUGAGAUGCCAAAAUAAAUGACUCAUCGUCCGAGGGGGUGUCUGUUUGUACGAUGAAAAACACACUGAGUGAAUAGCUAGCUUCAUUCAGUACUUCACUGAACUAUCUGUUAUAAUUAUGAGAUAUAAUUCUUACUCUCACUGUGUUUUGAAGUGAGUUAGAUGACACUGCCUAUCUCAUACUGCCUGCCCUCACACAUUGCUAUCCCCGUGUAUGCUUUAAUGAAGCAUAUACAUUUUCCCUUCGAAUUGUCUUCCCCGUCUCAUUUCUCUGAUCUCCUCUACUGCUUCUACUCAUUGCGAGCGCUGACAAACGUAUAUGGAUGAUUUUAAUUUGUCGCACAAUUAGAGCUUUUUACCCACUCGGUUCAUUUGUUUUCAUCAGUUUUUUUCUGAAUAGGUUUCAAGACAAGUGAGCGUCUCGUCUCCUAAGGAGAGUGUGCACGCACGCACACACACACACACACACACACUGCUCACUGGAUCUGAUCCUAGGAACCACUAAUGAGAGAGGGGGGGGGGAAGAGAGAGGGAGAGUACCGCUAAAUCACUUGGAGGAACGGACAGAGUGAAAACCAGAGCGAGGUGGAGAGAAGGGAUUUACUGCUGGAGCACUCAUUGAGGAGUAGAGGGAGUGAGUGUGUUGCAUGUUAUAGAGGUUGAGGUGUGAGCUCUGACAGGAGAAGGGUUAGCAGACUGAGUGGUGACUGACUGAUUCACUCUGCUGUCAUUUUCCAUGUUCUGCUUAUUCAGAGUGACAGUAGUGACAGUGCAUACAUUGUCAUACUGUCUGCUGUCUAUUGCAGUUCUCUGUUCGGAGGGUAUGGGACUGACUACCACUACACCCGAGUGAGGACUGUUCCAGACUCUCUGUCCAGAGGAGCAUGAUGACUACUUUCCCCAAUGAGACAGGCUUCUCCUCCCUCUCUCCAUCAUACUCCCUCUCCUCUCCCACACCGUCCCUCACCUCCAACCCUUUCUCUUCCUUCUCCCUCUCCACCUCCUCCUUCUCUCCGUCCAACUGCUCCAGCUCUCCGUUGCUCUCCUCCCCUCCCUAUAACUUCUACGCUGUGCUGCUGGUGCUGCUCAUCUUUUGUGUGGUGUUCGGCAACGUGCUAGUUUGUGUGGCGGUGUCGCGCGAGCGCGCCCUCCAGACUACCACCAACUACCUCAUUGUCUCCCUGGCCGUGUCUGACCUGCUGCUGGCCAUCCUGGUCAUGCCCUGGGGCGUCUACCUGGAGGUGGUAGGGGAGUGGCGCUUCAGUCUCAUCCACUGUGACAUCCUCCUGACCCUGGACGUCAUGAUGUGUACUGCCAGCAUCCUCAACCUCUGUGCCAUCAGCAUCGACAGGUACAUGGCGGUGGCGAUGCCCAUGCUGUAUAACACCAGAUACAGCUCCAGGAGGAGGGUGGCUCUGAUGAUUGCUGUUGUGUGGUUCCUCUCCUUCGCCAUCUCCAGCCCUCUGCUGUUUGGACUCAACAACACAGCCAGUCGGGAGGAGACCAAGUGUGCCUUCGCUGACCCAUCCUUCGUGGUCUACUCAUCCGUGGCCUCCUUCUACGUUCCGUUCAUCGUGACCCUGCUGGUGUACGCCCAGAUCUGUGUCGUGCUGCGGAGGCGGGGCCGACGCACCGUGCCCCGCAGACACGGCCUGCACCCACAGGGAGGAGGCAAGACGGGGGAGGGCCACAGGCACAGGAAGAAUAAGUGUACCCUCCCUGAGGAUGUGAAGCUGUGCACUCUGAUCACGAGGCCCCCCACCACCGCACCCCAACGCAAGAAAGUGACGUUAGUGAAGGAGGCGGUGGUGCACCCCCUGGAGGAGGAGCCGGUGGGGUGUGGUUUCCUGUCCCAGUUAGACCAGAGCCUCCCCCCGCCUCACCCUUCUCACCGCCCUCCCUCCUCCGGACGAGCCACCAAGAUCUCCCUUUCUAUCUCUGUGGUACCCGCGCCCUUCCCGUCACCGUCGGUGGCACCACGCUCCGCCCUCGUACCCCGCCGUGCCACCUUCGAGGAUGGCAUGAGUGGCCGCGAGCGAUGGAGGGAGCGCAAUGCAGACAGGGAGAAGGGAGCGAUGGAGAAGGAGAGGGUGAAAGGGACUCUGUCGCAGCAGAAGGAGAGGAAGGCGACCCAGAUGCUGGCUAUUGUGCUUGGUGUGUUCAUCAUCUGCUGGCUGCCCUUCUUCCUGACCCACGUGCUGAAGGCCCACUGUGGCAGCUGCUGUAUCUCCCCCUCCCUGUACAGUGCUGUCACCUGGCUGGGCUACCUCAACAGUGCCGUUAACCCCGUCAUCUACACCACCUUCAACAUCGAGUUCCGGAAGGCCUUCAUCAAGAUCCUAAACUGCUGAGUACAGGGAGGAAGGGGAUGAGGGGAGAGUGGGAGAAAGUGUAGUGGAGAGAGGGCAAAAACAAGGUCAGAGACUUGAAAUAAAACUAAAGAAGGGAAAGAGAGGGGUGAAAACAAAGACCAGAAGGGAAUGGAAGGAGAGAUGGAGGGGGACAGAGAGAGAGUCCCCAAAAAAUGUAACAGGUCAAACAGAAGAGCAAGUGAAGCAAGACCGAUAUACCAAAUCAAAACAGACUUGGGAAUUAUAGAGGUUAUGUAAACGUCUGUAAAUCUAAAACAUAGCAGGGAGAGAGUCAUAUUCUGAAGGUUCUAUGGGAAGAGAUGGGGUAGGGAACAAACAGUGGCAGAAGACUGUCCCACUCCUUAUGGGGAUGACUAAGUAAGUGUAUUAUUCUCUGAUACCCCUCUGAAGUAUACUGUCUGCAGACAUUGUAAUUUAAUUAACAGAGUUAAAACAGGACAGAGGUCAUAUUUUAAGGAGAUACACAAUAAAUCUGCACAAUUGUUCUCCAAUAGCAGUCUUGUUGCGUCGUCCCAGUGUAAACAUGCCUGUAAGAGAAUAUGUUGGUGAAGAUAUGAUGCCAUAUUAACAUGGUGGUAUGAUGCCAUAAUAACAUGGUGAUAUGAUGCAAUAUGAUGAGCGACUAAUCAAGGUUUGUUCAUGAGGUAUAUGUAUAUAUUGUUGUUUAGAGUGUGAGCUCUAAAUAUCUGUAUUACUGUUAUUGUACAGGUAAAUGUAAUAAAAUAUGUUCUACUCAUAUUGCUAGUCUAUUUCAAGUUUUCUGUACCGCAGGGUUGGGGUCAAUUUGAAUUGAAGUCAGUCAAUUCUGGAAGUAAAGAUAUUUUCCAAUUGAUUAAUAACGCAGAAAAAAGUUGUUUUCAUUGACAACUUAAUCUAUGCUUUGGAUUUUAAAUUCAAAUCACUUCCUUAAUUGACUGACUUCAAUUCAAAUUGACCCCAGCCCUGCAUUACUGUACUGGUCAAACAAUAGACAGAAAUGGAUUAAUUGACUAACUUGUUUAAAAUACAUUUGCUCUCUACGUUGAUCUCUGGCUCUUCUCUCAUCGCUUCUUUAACCCCUCUGGUGGUGAAGCAGUGUGGAUGUUCCCGUGUUUGUCUGCCAACACCUGUCUGCUACAGUAACGUGAGAGGCCAAACAAAUGCUGCUGAUGUGAAACAGGACACACACACACAAAGAUAGUGGGUCAGUGUAAGUCAUAGUCACUAUGACUUUGCGUUUGUGCGUGCCUCCCAUUGACAACUCCUGUCCCAUCAAUGAGCAUAGACGUGGUUUGUAUGGGACAGUUUUUCUGUGUUUUUGUCAUACUUGUAUGCAAACCAAC